CUCAUUACGUGGCAGCUUCAGGAGGGAAGCCCCAAGUUACACGUUGAAAUUGCUGUUCAGGUUCAAGUCGUCGUCGAUGUACUAGCCCCACGUCCCGUCCUGAAAGAAGAGUGGGUCCCAGAAGUCGAAAUCCGACGACAUCCAGAGCUCGCUCGCUCACCAGCUUGCCAUCAUCUCCGUCCAUCGCACUCCUCCACAUGGUGCGGCAAACGUUAUUAUGAGCGCGCCUUUCUCCUUUUUGCGCAGCUUGCGUUUCUCGCAAUGCGCCCGUGCAACAACUCGCGCCAACGCACCGAAAAGACCCUUCUCCAUAGCCCGAGCCUUCAGGCAAAGAGAAAACCCCCAGCCCGUCGACUCGCCCGAGUUCGUGUCCAUCCUCGAUGGCCCUCCCAAGAUUGUCCGCAAGGGCCGCCGCCACGGCCCUGGACUCAUCAUUCUUGCCAUCAUUCCCGUCACUGCCUUUGCGCUCGGAUCAUGGCAGGUCCAGCGGCUAGGCUGGAAAUCCGAGCUCAUUGCCAAAUUCGAAGAUAGACUCGUACGAGAUCCGUUGCCGCUUCCGCCCAUUAUUGAUCCCGACGCGAUCCACGAAUUCGACUUUCGGAGGGUAGUUGCGAGCGGUGUGUUCCGACAUGAUCAGGAGAUGUUGAUUGGACCGCGCAUGAGAGACGGUCAGGAUGGAUACAUGGUCGUCACACCUCUCGAGCGAAAGGACGCUUCGACGAUUCUGGUGAACAGAGGCUGGAUCAGCAAGAAGCAUCGCGAUCAGAGGACGAGACCGGAUGGCCUGCCAAAGGGCGAGGUGAUGGUGGAGGGGUUACUGAGGGAGCCAUGGAAGAAGAACAUGUUCACGCCGGAGAACAGGCCGGACAAGGGCGAAUUCUACUUUCCAGACGUCAAGCAGAUGGCUGAGCUGACAGGCAGUCAGCCGGUCUGGGUAGAGGCCACGGCUGAACCCGAAUUCAUGCAAAUGAUCGACUACGAGAGGCGAGGCAUCCCGUUCGGCCGGGCUGCUGAGGUGAAUUUGCGAAACAAUCACGCUCAGUAUAUAUUCACAUGGUACGGCCUUUCCUUAGCCACGAGCAUCAUGCUCUGGAUGGUCAUCAAGAAACCAACCACCGAGAUCGCUCGCCGGGCCAACCGCGCCAGCAGGCACUAAACAUGGUCCUGCUGUCUCCAUAUAUACAAUCAACCUGUAACUUCAUUCUCGUCAUGAUCGGCAUUAUCUCGUGGGCGUUUGGUGCGGCGUUUCUUGGCAGGUUGUGGUGCUGGCAUGCGCAGCU